AUUCAGGCCUGAACUUUGGACUGACACACAGGUCCUCCCACAACUAGCUGCCAAUCCCAGAGAAUCUUUUUCUUACGAAACACUUGGCCGUUUAUGAGACUCUGAAUUAGUUGUUCGAAGGAAACAAUCCUCUCUCUCAAAUCCUUCUACUGCUUUUGUAACUUCUCCUCCCUCCCCUCCCAUUCAGUAAGGUGAGAACAUCCAAGAGUCAGAAGAGUCAGCUGUCCGGAGCUCUGUCGCAAGAAGGCGGAACAUGUCUCAAGUUCCACAUGUGAAGAGUCCAGGGAAGCCACAGGUAGGGUCUGAGCCCAAAGAGGACGUGGGUGCGAUGUCUCAACAACUUCUCUACCGGGCUCUGGUGUCAGCGAAGUGGGUGUCUGAAGCGAUCAAGUCUCCUCAAGCUGGGUUGGCUGUGCAGCUUUUGGAUGCCUCCUGGUACCUCCCCAAAAUGAAACGUGACCCCCGGAGCGAGUAUGAGGAGCGCCACAUCCCUGGAGCCGCCUUCUUUGACAUCGAUCAGUGCAGUGAUCGUACAUCGCCUUACGAUCACAUGCUACCCAGUGCGGAGGAUUUUUCGCAGUACGUGGGCAAGCUUGGGGUUAGCAGUGACUCCCACGUUGUGGUGUACGACGGAAGUGACCAGGGUCAAUUCUCAGCCCCCCGAGUCUGGUGGAUGUUCCGAGCCUUUGGGCAUGAUGCUGUUUCCCUCUUAGAUGGUGGGUUGAAGAACUGGCUGCGGGAGGGGUACCCAGUCACCUCCGCAAAGCACCGGGCUGUUCCUGCAGAAUUUCAUGCCUCUCUGGACAAAUCAAUGGUGAAGUCGCACAAGGACAUCAAGGAGAACAUUGAGUCACGCCACUUCCAAGUUGUGGAUGCACGACCUGCUGGGCGGUUCCGGGGGAUAGAGGCAGAACCCCGGGAAGGAAUUGAACCUGGCCACUUCCCUGGUGCGGUGAACAUCCCUUUUACCGAAUUCCUCAAUGAGUCGGGUUUUGAGAAAAGUCCAGAGAAUAUCCGCAGCUUGUUUCAGGAAAAGAAGGUGGAUCUCUCCAAGCCCAUCGUGGCCUCUUGUGGUUCUGGGGUCUCUGCUUGCCACGUGGCGCUGGGGGCAUAUUUGUGUGGCAAGCCCGAUGUGGCUAUUUAUGACGGAGCAUGGAUGGAGUGGUUCAUGCGGGCACGGCCUGAAGACAUUAUCUCGGAGAGAAAAGGGAAGAGCCAGUGAGCUGCAGCCUCCUGCCUCAAUGGAGGCAGAAAUACGGCCACGUGGUGGGGAAGAGGAGGUUGGCCUUCCAAAAUCCAGCCUUAAGAUGUUCAUGCUGUCGAAUGAAGUGUUCUGAUAAUGAAUCUUGGGUUUUGCGAUCCCUUUGCUUGCCUACACUGCUGGGCAUGGAUGAUGUCCUUCUUUCACAGGAGCUUGUUAGGGUGGAAGAAAGCACUGGUUAUGGGAUGGUGGAAUAAUUGUUUCAAGUUGAACAUAGGAACUCUGCAGAUCUAGCCUCGUUGGAUGCACAGCACAGGAAAGACGCAACUUAUGGGAUCGAUCUUGCACUCUGACUGUGGCAAAUUGUGUCAUUUUUCUGGCUAGUUACUGCCUCCACAGCCCCUGUGAACUGAAAUCCUAUUCCUACUCAGUUUUAAAAAAUUAAAUGUUAGAUUAUGAAGAUUGUUAUUAUUAUUUAAAUUAAAAGCAUC